AUUCUCCCCAUGCCCCCGUUGAUUUAGAAAUUCUACUCUAUUUUCCCAUUCUGCUCAUAAUUUCCUCCAAGUUUGUAACACUCGUGAUCAGACACAUAUUUCCUUACUAGUAAAUAAAAAGGCAUCUUCCUCUACAUGUCCCCCCUCAGCAAACACACAAAUUCCACAGUAGUCAAGACAAACAUGCCCAGCUAUUAGGCACACCCAGCUGGGGGCAAACAAGCAUAGUGGGCUCAGACUUGAGAAUGGGACUCCAGGGGCUCAAAGUCCCUGUCUCCAUUGAUAGACUAGCUCUUACAAUCCCCAGUUACUGAUAUUCAAAGCCCCCCUUUUAAAGCUGAAGCUGUCUCUUGAUGUACCUGUCAUCAGACCUCUCAGAAAAGGUCAGAUAGGGACAGAUUUAGGAGAAAAUAAAGGCCUGCCCUAAGACACAGGGGAGAAAACUAUAAGAAAUGGUGAAAUGUACCCAAGAGAAGUUGAGGGAUUUGACUGUGGGGCCACUCUGCCUGGUAGUAGUGUCUCUCAGCAGGUGUAGAAGCUCUCCAGCACCAAUGCCUGGUGAGGCGCUGUGUUCUAGACAUGCAUGGGAGAAGGGAAAAGGCAAGACACCAAGAGUGCCCUGACGGGUCACAGCAGGGGAAGGAGGAGAGGGCAGGGUGGGGGAUAUGGUGGGUAGAGAGGGUGGAUGAAGGGCCCCUGCUGGAGAAGUCAUCAGGCCGAGUUCCCAGACAGGCUGGGCUUCCAGACUAGGGCCUUCUUGCUGUGGAGGAGGUGAGAUUUGGACUGGGAAGGAGGGAACAGUACCCCAGGGUCUUGUGACUCAAGUAUUUCCUCUUAGGGAGUGUAGAAGUGUGUGGAGGCAGUCAGGUCAGAAUGGGAUUGGGAACGAGAGGGCCUCUGACAUUUGGCCCUCAGCUGGGCACUCAGGAGGUUGGAUCAGAGCCUGAGAGAGAUUCUCCAUGCCCGCUGGGGGAAGAUGGACUCCAGUUCUGGUCAGACUCCUCCAAAGAUCCAGGACCCUGGACCCUGGCACACCUGAAUGGGCUGUAAGGGUCAGGAGCACCCAUCCUUCCUCACAGUCUGCAAAGGACCCUUUGGAAAGGAGGAAAACAUCUUAGCCCCACUCCCUCAUACUGGAGUCCAGGAAAAUAGUCCAGGAAUCAGAUGAGAAUAGGACAAGUGCUAAAGGCAGCUAGAAGCAUCCGGACUAGACGCAGGUAGAAAAGCAGGAGUGCUGCUGGCUCUCGUUAGCUCAGCAUUGACCUCCACAGGCGUUGUGACGGGUGGUCAUCCUUACAAGUUAUGCCAUUUCCAACGUGGAGAUGAAGAACCAGAGACUCCGAGUUUAGAUUGCUUUCCCAGUGUCGAACACCUAGUAGGCGGGAGAGCUUACAAAAAAAGCUGUCUCUUCCUGAUUUCAAACCCCAAUGUCUCAACUUCUACACUCUCCACCAUUAUUUUGAACACUGUAGCAGCUUUCAUUAGGAGUCUGGCCUUACACGUAUUAUCGAAUGGGAAAGGUGACCAAGGAAUGAACAGAAUAGAGGAGAGGACUGAAGAGAAUAAGGGUGGGCGGAGCUCUUUGUGACUGGGCAAUGCCUCCCAGUUCACUUCUAUACCUACUUUUCACACACACACACACACACGUGCAGAGUUGGCUGGUCCCUUGGUUGGAUAGGUAUUACAGAAUCAAUUAGGUUCCUCUGCGCCCCAAAUCACAGCAGAACCCCCACUGACCCUGUCCACACCCGUCCCCCUCAGCUUCCCCUCAGCUUCCAUGCCUCUCCUGCUUUCUGUGAGAACUGCACUGUGUGGGAAAGGCCUGUGGGCAUUAAGGGAGGGGCCCCAAAAAAGCAGAGAGAUGUAAUCAGAUUGUCAAAGGGCUUGGUCUGUUCUUGCCUGUUUCCACAAUCUCUUCAUGUCUCUGGCCUUCUUAAGAUUAUAAAUACAUUUAAAAAUCUGGGCUGGGCGCAGUGGCUCACGCUUAUAGCCCCAGCACUUUGGGAGACUGACACUGGUGGAUCCCUUGAGGUCAGAAGUUUAAGACCAGCCUGGCAAACAGGGCAAAACCCUGCCUUUACCAAAAAUACAAAAAUUAGCCAGGUGUGGUGGUGGAUGCCUGUAAUCAGAGGUACUCGAGAGGCUGAGGCAGGAGAAUGACUUGAACCCGGGAGGCAGAGGUUGCAGCGAGCCGAGAUCGCACCACUGCACUCCAGCUGGAGUGACAGAGAGAGAUGAAUAUGUGAAAAAUAUUUAAAAAGGACAAUGGAAGACUCUCAUCUAUCACACAUCAACUGUCACCAUUUGGUCAUCUCUCGCCCUCUCCCUCUGCCUUGGGAAAGGGUAAGUGCAAGAAACAAAGUUUCAUUUUUGCCUUUUUGGGCAAGUAUAAAACUAGUGACGUUUUUGUAGAUUAUUUUGUAAAGUUGUGUAGUAUACGUUAUGUCCACUAAGUCAUUAAAGUGUUCAAAAAACUCAGCUCUCCUCUGUGAUUGUAAUCUAAACAAUGUACGGAUAUUUACAGUGAAACCCAGGAUUAAUGAGUAGAUGUUCAAGUAGAAAAUGUUUGUAGAGAUAGUAUCAGAUGUGUGAGUUUAAUAAAAUGAGCACAACACAUUACAAACGGUGUGUAUGGCUUCCCAGCGCAAAAAGCCUUUGGACGUGGGAGAGUUUCAACACGACACAAACAGUGGUGAGCAUGGCUUCCCAGCACAAAAAGCCUUUGGACGUGGGAGAGUUUCAACACGACACAAGCAGUGGUGAGCAUGGCUUCCCAGCACAAAAAGCCUUUGGACCUGGGAGAGUUUCAACACAACACAAACAGUGGUGAGCAUGGCUUCCCUGCACAAAGAGCCUUUGCACGUGGGAGAGUUUCAACACAACACAAACAGUGGUGAGCAUGGCUUCCCUGCACAAAGAGCCUUUGGACCUGGGAGAGUUUCAACACAACACAAACAGUGGUGAGCAUGGCUUCCCAGCGCAAAAAGCCUUUGGACGUGGGAGAGUUUCAACACAACACAAACAGUGGUGAGCAUGGCUUCCCUGCACAAAGAGCCUUUGGACCUGGGAGAGUUUCAACACAACACAAACAGUGGUGAGCAUGGCUUCCCAGCACAAAGAGCCUUUGGACCUGGGAGAGUUUCAACACAACACAAACAGUGGUGAGCAUGGCUUCCCUGCACAAAGAGCCUUUGGACCUGGGAGAGUUUCAACACAACACAAACAGUGGUGAGCAUGGCUUCCCAGCGCAAAAAGCCUUUGGACGUGGGAGAGUUUCAACACAACACAAACAGUGGUGAGCAUGGCUUCCCAGCGCAAAAAGCCUUUGGACGUGGGAGAGUUUCAACACAACACAAACAGUGGUGAGCAUGGCUUCCCUGCACAAAGAGCCUUUGGACGUGGGAGAGUUUCAACACAACACAAACAGUGGUGAGCAUGGCUUCCCUGCACAAAGAGCCUUUGGACCUGGGAGAGUUUCAACACAACACAAACAGUGGUGAGCAUGGCUUCCCUGCACAAAGAGCCUUUGGACCUGGGAGAGUUUCAACACAACACAAACAGUGGUGAGCAUGGCUUCCCUGCACAAAGAGCCUUUGCACGUGGGAGAGUUUCAACACAACACAAACAGUGGUGAGCAUGGCUUCCCUGCACAAAGAGCCUUUGGACCUGGGAGAGUUUCAACACAACACAAACAGUGGUGAGCAUGGCUUCCCAGCGCAAAAAGCCUUUGGACCUGGGAAAGUUUCAACACAACACAAACAGUGGUGAGCAUGGCUUCCCAGCGCAAAUAGCCUUUGGACCUGGGAAAGUUUCAACACAACACAAACAGUGGUGAGCAUGGCUUCCCAGCACAAAAAGCCUUUGGACGUGGGAGAGUUUCAACACGACACAAACAGUGGUGAGCAUGGCUUCCCUGCACAAAGAGCCUUUGGACCUGGGAGAGUUUCAACACAACACAAACAGUGGUGAGCAUGGCUUCCCUGCACAAAGAGCCUUUGCACGUGGGAGAGUUUCAACACGACACAAACAGUGGUGAGCAUGGCUUCCCUGCACAAAGAGCCUUUGGACCUGGGAGAGUUUCAACACAAAGGCUAAGAGGCAGAGGAGACACAGCAGAGAAGAUGUCAGAAAGACCUAAGAGGGGCCAAAAGCAAGGGGAUGACAGGCGACCAGAUGCCCAGGCACUUGAGAACAAGCUGCCUCCUAGGGAGGCGGCAGGAAGGCCGCGUGGGCUCAGCUGCAGAUGGCCGAGGGGAUACCUAGAGGCCCCCAAGCAGAGGCAGGACAUGCCCGGUAGUAGGGACUCUGUAUGGACGGGGAGAUGGCUUCACUUGUGAGGAGCACUGCGCGGGGAGAGACGGGCACCCCCACCACGGUGACCGAGAGAGUCAGGCUGUCCAAAGUCACGGGAAAACACGUGACUGGAAGAGGGGGCAAGGGGAGGAGGGCCCCGCGAAUAGCCUGCCUCGCUGGGCCCAGGCUGGGGCGAAUCUCGGGGCACCCAUGCGCCUAGUGUUUGUAUCCUGCGGCGGUGCGUGGAGCUGGGGGCCACCGCUGAAGCGCCCCCAGGCAGGGCAGGGCAGGGCACCGGGGGCUGGGACUCCGCCACAGAGGAGGGGCUUAGGGCGCCCGGCUCCCCUGACCAGCGCCCAGCGGAGCCCCUGGCGCAGCUUCCGGAAGGUCCGUUAGGCCGGAAGCCCCUGGCGGCGGGCACGGGAGACCCCACCGGCAGCCGUUAAAAGGCGUUGCGCUCCCGCCCCGCGUCCUCUGUCUGUCAGGCUUGGUCGGCGGGGCUGGUGUUCUGUUUAGCAGGCGCCCCCGUGCGGGAGGACGCCCACGGGGAAGCUCUGGAGCGGGGGACAUCCCCAGACCUACGCUGUUAACGGAGACCUGGGACUGGAGCAGAGUCAUAUAUGCUUGUGCUGGCGGCCUUGGCGAGGGAGGGCGGGGGGAGCCUUUGACGACGUGAGGUGGACGCCGCAGGAGCCUUGUUACGUAGCGCCUCAGGCCUGUGGAGCGGCUUUUGGAAUAAACCCCUAGGAAAUGUGAAAACCGUGUCACGGGAAGAAGGGGCUGUACCAGGGACUAAGUUGGCUGAAGUUUCUGGUUCCAUCCAUGAAUACUGAGCUUCAGCUGCCAACUGCACAGGCCAUUUUCCGUUCCGUCAAAGCUGAGGAUUUUUAACCAGAUUUUCUGACGACGAGAGGGGAGCAGACAUGCUUCCUGCUCCCUGGGAUCCUAGUCAUCCAUGUAGUGAAGUCAAGAACCCAUGAGGGUUCCACUGACCCAGGCCUUUUUGUGCCCAAUUCACAGCUUCCGCCAAGUCAGACAAGCCUAGGGGCUUCCGCCACGCACGACGUACCUGUUUUCCUUCUGUUCCUUUUCCCUGUCAAACUCCGCUCGGGCUCUCGGCUCUUAGGUGGCAAACAUGGGUUUUACCAUCCUCUGAUUUGGGAAAGACAAUUCCUGAAACGACUUUUAAGUCACUUGAUGUCACUAGAGAAGUCCUUAAGUGUGUUAAGUUUAAAAAAAGUAAUGAAAGACUAUGGUCUUCGGUGACUCCCUUCCCUGGUGGGGCACUCUUCGUUGUUAGAGACUUUUUUCUGGCUUGCAGUCUUAGUUGGGCAUGUGAACUGCGCAAAGCUCUACAGUUUGUUAAUAAAACACAUGGACACAGGGAAGGGGUCUAUUGGGGGGAAUAGGGGAGGGACAGCGGACCGGGGUGGGGGUGGGGUAGCUGGGGAGGGAUAGCCUGGAGAGAAAUGCCAAAUGUGGGUGAAGGGGAGGAAGGCAGCAAAACACUGCCACGUGUGUACCUAUGCAACUAUCUUGCACGUUCUGCAUAUGUACCGCCAAACCUAAAAUGCAAUUUAAAUAAAUAAAUAAAAAUAAAGCAAAUCCUGUGGGCCUGACUUGGAACUGCAGUGAUAAUAGACUGCAUCUGGGCAUGGACUCACCCAAAUUGUUGGGGACUGUGGGAUGGGAAGAGGGUGUUUUUUUCUGAAGCCAGAACUGGGAAAGUGAGAAAGGUUCCUAGUAACAGGGAACCUGAACGACUACCUUUAAGAUCUUCGGGCAGGGGUGAUGGUUCAUUCUUAAAGCCCAUUUUUAGAACAGGUUAAACCUAAAUACAAAUAGUAGCAUUCAUGGUGACGGUAAUUAAAGACAUCACAGCUGUUGGGAACCUAAAGAAAAUGAGAGUGGGGAUUGGCAGCCUGGAAUUGGAAAAAAAAAGAAACCCUCUUCCUUUCUCCUGAGUUAGUGCCUCCUCACUGUAAGCAGUCCUGGAAGACAGGAACAAUGUUACAGAGAUAAUUAAACAGUAGUUUAGGUAUAAUUUUCAGGGUGGUUGAGAAUUCAGGAUUCAGGCUUGCUGAUAAUUGAAUCCCAAAUUCAGUACCCUUGCGGGUGUGGGUCUGGUGAGUGGUGUCAGAGUGGCAGGAAUCAUGGGGCUGGGGGCGAGAGGUGAUAUUGUUAGGCAGGAACUAGCUGCAAAUGGCCUCCCCAUGGUCUGGUUAAACCCUCUUCCAAAUGUCAGGAUACUAGAUAUGUAAUGUCGAUUAUACAGGGAAGUUGUUUCGAUGAUUUACUUUGGUCUCAGCUCUCCCCUCCGUUAUAACAUCAGCAAAAUGCCUGAAUUUAGGACGUGCAGUUUGUCCCCACACCCUGAAAUCCUGUCCUCUGUGCUGCUGGGCUAAGUGGUAUAGAGUGUUGGAUUCUAGCGGUAGCGGGAACCUGAGGUUGAAUUGUUAAGUAUCCUAUGCGUUGUCCUUUCUUGGAAUUGAGAGAGAAUCUGAGGAGACCAACCAACUUUUGACCUCAGAUCAGAGCUGGAAGGAGGGAGCUUGCCGAGGUGUCAGUUCUGUGAGAGGCUGGAUUAUGACCAGAAAAUGGGAUAGGGACAUGAGGAAUGUGGCAGUGUGUUGUGAACUGAACGCGAGCCCGGGAAUCUUGUCCAGUGAGGGGGUCCCAAACCUGGAAGAGGGCGUGUGCAGAAAAGAAAGGAGACAGAAAGAGGGCUCUGGAGGACUGGAUGAGCUAUGCCCGUACAGCGAUUUUAUUUGUGCACUAGGUUUCCUUAUAUACUUUUUUCUUUUAACAUCAUUACUGAAUAAAAGGAACAGAAAAUUCCUUGGGGGAUGAUUCUGAGGAACUGUCAAAAGGGAACAAAUACUAAUUUAAAAGAUCAAUGGGAAAUAGGUGAUGCUGAUUAUCGAUAUUGUCAGAACAAUCAAUAACUUAACAAUCUUUAAUUAACUAGAAGUCACAAGCUCAGUAGUAAACCGUGUAUCUGCUAGAGACAAGGACCGCAGGGGAGGUUGCUAGGCUGAAACAAUGCCUGGUAAACAAAGUCUUAGAUCAGAAGCCAGAAAGGGGAACACAAUACCCAAUUAACUCACUUCAGCGUUCACCUGGCCAUUAUCUCAUCGGCCAAGAUGGCUGAGGAUAGUGUCCUGCUUAAUCAUUCUCAAUUUCCUCUUUCUUUCUCGUCUUAAUUUCCUCUCACUCAUAGCUUGCCAGCCUCCAGCCAGGGAAAAUGUGUAAGGAGUCAAGCUCACCUAAUGGCGGAGGCCAAGUUGUUAGCCUCUCGCAGGGGCGACCCCCACAAUAGCAGUGGUGUUAAGCAACAACUUUUCCCCUACCUUGGGGUGCUAGUUGAGAGCCUUUGCUGUCACUCAGUAUAGGGCCCAGCAUUGCCCUUUUGGAGUGAUGAGCUGAAAGAUGGAGCCCAGUUGGUCCCAUCCUGAGUGAGGAUACAGACCCGUGAAGGUGUCAGUUCCUAGGUUGAUGGUAAUUGGAAGAGCAUCUUGGGUGACUCUGAAGGAGGAUGUUGGGCUAAGGGUAAAAGACCAGCUGCCAUGUGUAGGCUAGGGAUUCAGAACUCUCCUGAGACUUCUCUUUGGGUGAAAACUGGGAUUGAUAUUAGAGGUACCGGAUAGAAGUCUGAAGUGAGUCAGGGAUGGCAGGCUUCCUGUGUGCACAAUCACAGGUGCAGCAGAAGGGAUAACGUUACCACCCUCUUCUUCCUGAAGUGCCCUCUAUGCUGCUGUAGGCUGUCCAGCUGUAACUCACUUUUGGUCCUCAUACUAUGUUGAAAAGGGAGAAAAUGUCUUUGUGAGGGACUUGGAAAAUACAUGACACAAAAGAGAAACACUCUUAUCCCCAAAUAAUGAAAAUAAACUGUAGGAAAAAAAUUGUCUAAUUUAUGGGGUGCUGAAGUCUAGAAAGCCCGAGGACCACAGAAUAAAUGCCCUUGUAGAGAAAAUCUCAGUGUUUAAGGGCAGGUUAAAGGUCUUUGCUGAGGCUGGGGAUGGGACAGAAUGCAAAGCUUCUAGGUUUUUACCCCUUAACCAGUGAGCCUUUUUGGGGGAAGUGCUAUUGUGCAAGUUUAAAAAAAAAAAACUUUUAUGCAAGGUUCAAAGAGUUCUCAGGAUGUGUAGGCUUCUGAGGGAGCCAGGUUUGUUUUAUAUAUACAUAUAGAUUUGGGAUUAUAAAGCAGGCAUUGAAGAAUGGCUGUGAGUUUCCAGAGUUUGAGUGAGGAGAGCAAGGUUGGCAGUUGAGUAUUGGGUCUGGGAACCCUUUCCUGCAUGGUCAAAGGAAUUUGCUCUCGUUGAUGCUAACUGGAAGAGGAGAACUUAAGGUUGCCUGACCUGAGCCCAAAAGAAACUAGAACUAAGAGGUACUGGCUGGAUCGGCCAGCCAUAGACACAAAUGUGGCUAUCCCAUAGAUGCAAAGCCAGGGGAAGGACACCCGCUCUAUCACUAAUUUGAGGAGUGUUUAGUGUAUGUGGUCCUGUAAUGAGGGACAAUGCUUUAAGUUGGAUAGCUGUCUUUACAAAACAACAACAUUGCUGUAUUUUUCUCACUUGUUAUAGACCAGUGAAAACUUCCGUUUAAUUGCCACAGCCCUGGGACAGCAUUUAAUUUAUACGAAUCUAGCCCAGCUCUUUGGCCUCGGAAACCAUGGCAUAACGUCAUUGAGCUUCUCCACCUUUCUUUGAGCACAUGGCCAAAGGAAGGGUUUUGGGGUACCAAGAAUAUGGCCUUAAAGUUUGUGGAGAUUUUGAAAUCUCUGCUUUAUGAAUUGAUUAGGGUCUCUCACCCUGCUUUUUCCUCCUGGAAGUAUUUUUUCUGUGGCCAUUUUGCAGAUUUCCCAGCAUCUUACUUUUUUAUAAGCUUGGAAUUUUUUCACUCUGAUAUUUUCCCUUUGGUCUAUGUUCUGCCUUUUUCUUAGGCGUUUUUGGCUCUCCUCCCCACUAUAAGCUUGGUGCAAAAGUAAUUGUGGCUUCAGAUUGUUAUACUGGACCGAGCAUAGAAAAUCAACACCAAUACAAAAGUAUGCCAAAUUGCAGGGUUUAUUGCCGACGACCACGGAGGACUCACGUCUCUCCAACCCGUGGUCCCUUAAAAGAGGGUGACAAGACUUUUUAUACCUGUAAAAAUCACCUGUGGGUGAGGGAAGGGGAUGGGAUGAGGGGCUUCAGACAUUCCAAGGGUUAGUGGAUUCAAAUCACCUUCUGGGCUAAGAUAAGGGUGAGGGGCUCCGGACAUUCCGAGGGCCAGGGGACUAUUGGACAUUCUGAUUGUCACUUAAACGGUUCACAAAUGCUAAAAUUAGCAUUCGUUUACACGUUGUCUGGGUAGGGGUGGGAUCCACAGAUUUUUAGUUACUUGGUGCCAGGAUGGAAUUAUCUGGGGGUGCUUAUUCUGGUUAUUACCGGUAAACAAAGGCCAGCAAUUCUGGCAAUUACAGAUAAAAGAAGGUAAGCAGUUUUACCUCUUUGUAUUCUGCAAAGUAAACUAGCAGUUUUACAGAAGCCAAGGUUAGCAGUCAUUGUGAGGAGAAUGGAAACAGUUUUGUCUUUUAUAAAACGGCAUUGUUCAGGUUCUAACUCUAGACCAGCUAUAUCACAGGAUCAUGAAUUUUAAAUCAUAACUAGGCUCAAACACAUCUUUCUUAAUCAAAAUAGGAACCAUUACCAUUAACACAUUUUUGCCAAUAAGACACAAGUGUGUUUACUCCUGUAGUGUGAAAAAUCCAUGCUUCUGGAUUUGAGGAACUCUCGGAAAGCAUUUUCUGCAUUCUGCUGGUUGUGGAGGUGUUUUCCCUGCCAAAGAUUGUCAAUACUCGAAGAAGUGGUGAUCAGUUUGGGGGAGGCCAGGGGAAGGUGACAGAUGAAGCAAUGCUUCAUAGCCCAAUUCGUUCAGCCUUUGAAGCAUUGGUUGUGUGACAUUCGGGUUGGGUGUUGCUGUAGAGGGGAACUGGGCCUUUCUGUUGUCCAGUACCGGCUGCAGGCAUUGCAGUUUCCUGUGCAUCUCAUCAAUUUGCUGAGCCUGCUUCUCUGAUGUGAUGGUUUUGCCAGGAUUCAGAAAGCUGUAGUGGAUCAGACCGGCAGACCACUAGUGACCAUGACUUUUUUUUUGGUGCAAGUUUGGCUUUGGGAAGUGCUUUGGAGCUUAUUCUGGGUCCAGCCACUGAGCAGCUGGUCAUCAGCAGUUGUAUAAAAUCCACUUUUCGUUGCAUGUCACAAUCUAAUUAAGAAAUGGUUUGUGGGCCAGGCGCAGUGGCUCAUGCCUGUAAUCCCAGCACUUUGGGAGGCCGAGGCGGGUGGAUCACGCGGUCAAGAGAUCAAGACCAUCCUGGUCAACAUGGUGAAACCCCAUCUCUACUCAAAAUACAGAAAAUUAGCUGGGCACGGUGGUGUAUGCCUGUAAUCCUAGCUACUCAGGAGGCUGAGGCAGGAGAAUUGCCUGAACCCAGGAGGCGGAGGUCGUGGUGAGCCGAGAUCGCACCAUUACACUCCAACCUCGGCAACAAGAGCGAAACUCCAUCUCAAAAAAAAAAAAAAGAAAUGGUUCGUUGUUGUUGAGUAGAGUAAGAGAGGGUGGCACUUCAAAAUAAUGAUAUUUUUGAUUUUUGGUCAGCUCAUGUGGUGCACCCACUUAUCGAGCUUUUUCACCUUCCAAUUUGCUUCGAAUGCUGAAUGACAGCAGAAUGGCCGACACUGAGCUCUUGAGCAGCUUCUCAUGAAGUUGUAAGAGAAUCAGCUUUGAUGAUUGCUCUGAACUGGUUGUCGUAACUUCUGAAGGCUAGCCAUGGCACUCCUCAUUUUCAAGACUGUUGUCUCCUUUGCACAACUUCUUGAACCACCACUGCCCUGUGCAUUUGUUGGCACUUCCUGGGCCAAAUGUGUUGUCGAUGCUGCGAGUUAUCUCUGCUGCUUUAUGACCCAAUUGAACUCUAAUAAGAAAAUUGCUUGAAUUUGCUUUUUGUCUAACAUCAUUUCUGUAGUCUAAAAUACAAACAGCAAGUAAUAAGUCAUUACCAAGAAAACAUAGUGAGAAAUGCCCGUUAAAAUGAUGUAUGACAUAACCACAUUGAUGUAAGAAUGUAUUCCAGUAUCAAACAGCAAAUUCCAACAAUGCAAAAACCACAAUUACUUUUGCAUGCACUUUAAUACAUUUCAGCUGUUCUUUGGGAAAAGGCCAAACAAUUUUACAGCUACAGUAAAAACAAAAACAAAAGACAAACCUGUGUGUCUUGCCACUGAUAACAUCUGGUUUGGUUUUGUUUUCCUUUCAAUGGUAUUUAGUUUCCAGACCCAAAGGCCUGCAGGAGUAACGACAUACUUCCUGGUAUUCUUACUUCGGAAUAAUUCUUGGAGUGUGCAACCAUAAAUAGCAUGCUAUGUUUCAACCCAUACUCUUGAGGAAGGAGACCCAGGCAUCUGGGAUACCCUCCCCCUCUGUCAUCCACUGUGCAUCUCAAUAGAAGAGAGAGCAGGCCAGCUGGCACCUCCUGAAUCUCCUUCCUGAAAAUCACACCCUUGAUCUUGGGGAAGCUCUCUGAAAGACACUAUUUUUACUUAAAACAAGAUCAAACCAGAGACCUUUUCACAUGUGAGUCCUAAAACUGUAAAAGGGAACCCUUUCAUAUGCGAUUCCUGAAACUCAACAGAGACCUUUUCACAUGUGAGAUCUAAACUGUAAACUGGAACCCUUUUAUAUGUGAUUUCUAAAGCUAUAAACCUAAGAUUCUUCCCCAUGUAACAUCUAAAGUAUAAGCCUAUAUAAAGGCAGAACCUUCCUUUGUUAGAUGAGCUGGGCUUUGGACAAAUUAUGCCCAGGCUCCCGGCGGAAUAAUAAACUCCUCCUUUAUUCGGUGUUCAGGAAAUCUGUUUCCCAUGGCUGUUCCCGCUACAUUUUUGGUGCAUUGGCCGGGAAGCGAGUCUCAGAUAGCAGACAGGGUGGAAAAGUCUCUCAGGUGGUUUGCCUAGCCCUGUGAAGCAUCCCUGCAGGGGGUACUCCUGCUCCCUGGGGUGACGCAUCCUGAGAGCACUCAUGGACAGGUACUUGCCUGGUGGAAAAGCCUUGCCAGAGCGGAGCAAGGAGGCCCUGCAGUGUGGAUCCAGCCACUGGCUGAGCACUGAGGAGGAACAAGUAUUUGGGGGAAGUCUGGACCACUGAAUUUGGAACGAUUGAACCUGGGAAAGUAGCCCACCCCAUUUUGGGUGGAAGCGUGGCCUGAUCACCCACGGGUGCCCGAUCGGCACUUUUGAAGGUAGCUCUCUCUGUAACUAGCCUUGGAAGCUUUUUGCUUAUGGUUUUGAAUUAGAAGGAGAGUGAUAGGAUGUGUGGCUGUGUGUGUAGAUGUGUCCGACUGGACUCAUCAGUCGUGAAAGGUAAAGGUAUGGGGCCCAUAAGGAAGGGCCUCCUGCAUUGAGCAAUUUAUAAGAAUUAGAGACAGCCACAGAAGGCUGAGUGAAGAAGUCUCUGGGCAUUGUGAAAGGACUGAAGGGAAGGUAAAUCGGAGAGUGUUCCAUGCUGUGUCUUGCUAGGCAGGACGGGAACUGCUGAGUGAACUAACACUCUCCUAACUGUGGGAAUUGUUUCUUUGAAGUAUCAAUAUGGGUCACUCCCAUAGUCAUUCCACCCCUUUAGGAACCAUGCUGAAAAAUUUCAAGAAGAGAUUUAGUGGGAAUUAUAAAGUAACUAUGAUGCCAGAGAAAUUAAGGGUUUUAUAUGUAGGGAAGAUUGGCCAGCAUUUAGGGUAGGUUGGCCCCCAGAGGGGACCCUAGACAUGUCCCUUAUCUCCAAAGUAAGGCAUGAGGUUAUAUAUGGCGAGCUAGAACACCUCGAUCAAUUUCCAUACAUAGACUCGUGAUUGCAGUUAGUGUUAAACCCUCCAAAGUGGCUAAGAGAGCAGGCAGCGACUGUUUUAGGGGCAAAGGGACAGACUGCUAGAAACCACCAUCCCCCUCACCACUGAGAAACACGGAAUCUCAAGGUCCGGGCAUACUCAGUGGCAGAGACAACUCCCAAAGUUUUGGUUAACCCAGCAGCAGAAGAGUUUUUGUCAAUAAUGCCUCCUCCUCCUCCUCCUCCUCAAGGACUCCCCGCCCCUGGGCCGGAGGCCUUGGCAUCCCCACCAGAGCUGCACACCCCUAAAUCCUCCGGAGCAGACAAAAGAGAGUGUGGAAAAACUCUGCCCAUUGCUGCCCGCUUCCCAGAGGGAACUCCCCCUCUGGCAGCCCGUCUUCGACCCAAGGCCGGGGUGCAGAUGCCUUUGAGAGAGCAGAGGUACAUGGGAGUGGAUGACGAUGGCCACAUGGUAGAAAGGCGUGUUUUCACGUACCUGCCCUUCACCUCGGCUGAUCUUAUCAAUUGGAAAAAUAACCUGUCUUAUACCGAGAAACCCCAAGCUCUCAUUGAUCUACUGCAAACUAUUAUUCAGACUCAUAACCCCAUUUGGGCUGACUGCCAUCAGCUGCUUAUGUAUCUUUUUAACACGGACUUUGCUGUACUUAAUGGACUGCCCCUACCCCCCCUUCUCUGGCAAAACCUGUUGUGCAAAUCAAGGGCCACUAUCCCAUUCAACAAAAAAGACUAACUGCAGCUACAACUGCCUCAGUCGGGGGUCAUCCAGGCUCUCAUUGUCCCUUGGGAAGACGGGUGGAGCCUUCCUAGCCAGAAGCAGAAGACUGAUAUUAUCGCUCAGGCCAGUGCAGGGCUUUCGUGGCUUUGCACCCAACUUAUACACGCAGUUGGAAUUACUGCCAGCAGAGGAUAGUUGGUUCACUUAGUUGGACUUAAAGAAUACCUCCUUAGCAUUGGACUGGCCUUGGAGGGUCAAAACAUAUUUGCAUUUCAAUGGGAGAAACCCAGAAGCAGGUGUAACCACUCAAUACACUUAGAUCCAGCUUCCCAGGGGCUCAGAAACUCUCUCAUCAUCGCUGGGGAGGCAUCAGGCUGUGACCAUCCCCCAGAAGCUUCUUGCUUGCAUGCUGCCCCCAUAUGCUGAAAACCUUCUAUUGGGACACCCCACGGCAGUUGGGUACACAAACAAAUGCCUUACUUAGGCACCUGGAGGACUGUGGGUAUAAAGUGUCUAAAAGGAAAGCUCAGAUUUGCCAAAAAGCAAAUGCAAUAUCUGAGGCUCACCAUCUGGAAGGUGGAACGCAGCCUAGAAGCGGAGAGGAAGCAAGCCACUUGCAAAGUCACAGAACCUGAGACUAAAAAGCAGGUGAGAGAGCUCCUGGGAGCGGUGGGUUUUGUAAAUUGCGGAUUUCCAAACUUAGCAGUACUGGCCAGACCCUUACACAAAGUGACAAAGGCGGGGAGGGGAGAAGACAAGACACCCUUCGAAUGGGGCAGAAGCUAAAAGUUGAAACUUCCAUGGCUUUGGGGUUAGCUGAUUUUAACACAGCCUUUUCAUACUGUCAAAAAAAAAAAAAAAAAAGAAAAAGAGAGAAUGGCAAUCAAAGCUUCUAGCCUCAACUCUGGGAAGAAUUUAAAUAUCAAAGCACUCCACACAGAGGGGACUCUAAUGAAUACCCAAAGGACCUCAUUGGUAAGCCUGCCAAAUACCAGGGCCUGCUAUGUGCAGCGGUUGUACAAGCCGUACAUGAGACCACUCAUUUAGGUCAAGAAUCACUUGAAAAGAUGCUGGGUCAGUACUUUUACAUCCUUCACUUAGCAGCCUUGACUAAAACUGUGGCACAGCGAUGCAUUCAUUACAUGUUGGCAACACAACGCGAGGCAGCUUCCCAGCUAUUCUCCCUGGCAUCCAAGCUUAUGGAGCAGCUCCGUUUGAAGAUCUCCAGGUAGAUUAAAAACAAAAAACUGAGGAACUUGCUGAGGUUCACAUAGCUAGAUAGGGGUGGUGCUGGAAUAGGAACCAAGGCGGUCUGUGUUUUCUGUGACAAAUAUGAAAAAUUAAGAACAGCAUUUAGUCAUGUAGUCCCUAGACUCCACCAUGAAAUGAGAACAGUCGUGUUGCAAGGCAGGAAGCUAUAGGUUACUUCUCCGCAAUUACCAACAGGUGGCAGUGUGUCAAUUUACAACACUUGCUAUGUACAUAAAUUUAAAUGACUUAAGAGUUGGUUAUGGAUUUUAACGAAUCACCAAGCCAAGUGUAGCCAAGAUAGGAAAAUUAAGUAUUCUGAUCUAACAUUUGAAAUCUUGGACUCUUUUCUAGCAACACCAUCUAUUGUACUCAAAUCCGUGAGCAAAUAGGCUAGUCUGUACAUCCACAUGGUUCUUGAAUUUUUUUUAUAACAUCCCUACCUCAUGACUGUCCAGACUACUUGAAAACCUCCCCAAACGAGCAUACCACCUCUUACAGAAGCCCUUUUCAUCUUCAGAGAACACCGAAAACUCUCUCCAGUAGUGGUGUAAAGAUCUACACAUGUAAAAAAAGGCAAAAUUUUUGAAAUAUUAGAAGAAAAUACUAGUGCUCCUCAACUUAUAAUAGGGUUAUAUCCCAAUAAACCCAUCCUCAGUUGAAAUAUGGUAAGUCCAUGAUGCAUUUAGUAACCAACCUACCAAAUAUCGUAGCCCAGCCUAACCUUCCUUAAACAUGCUCAGAACAUUUACAUUAGCCUGCAGAUGGGCAAAGUCAUGUAACACAAAGACUAUUUUGUAACAGUGUUGAACAUUUCAUAUAAUUUAUUGAAUACUGAAAGUGAAAAACAGAAUGGUUAUAUGGGUACUUGCAGUAUGGUUUCCCUUGGAUGCAUAUUGCUUUUGUAUCAUCAUAAAAUCAAAAGAUUGCUGAGCAGAACCAUCAUAAAUCAGGGACUGUCUAUAUAGAAAAAAUAUUACUUCACAGAAAAAAAUGUAUUACUUUGGGGGAGAAGAUUAUUUUUUAAGCAAAAUAAAGGAAAAGAUUGAUACAUCUGAUUACAUUGAAAUUAAAAACUUAUUUCUCAAAAGACUUCAUCAAGAUACAAAAAGCUGCACUGACAGUCAUAAGGGCCCCCCUAAUGAUUUCAUAUAACCGUAAUUACCUCUUUAAAGACCUGAUCUCCAAAUAUGGUCACAUCCUGAGACACUUCAGGUCAUGACUUCAAUGUGCGAAUAGGUGGUGGCCCAGUUCAACCCAUAACACUCACCAUAACUGUGAUAUUUAAUAAAAAUCUGGGUUGGGCACAGCGGCUCAUGCCUAUAAUCCCAGCACUUUGAGAGGCCGAGGUGGGUGUGUUGUGUGAGCUCAGGAGUAUGAGACCAGCCUGGGCAACAUGGCGAAACCCUGACUCUACAAAAAAUACAAAAAUUAGCCAGGCCUAGUGGCACAUACCUGUGGUCCCAGCUACUCAGAUGGACAGCUUAAACAACAAACAUCUUGUUCUCACAGUUAAUGGAAGAUAGGAAGUUCAAGAUCAAGGCACUGGCAGAUUCAGUGUCUGGUGAGAGCUCCCCUCUAGCUGUGUCCUCACAUGAUGGAAAGAUAGGAGGGCUCUCUGAGGACUCGCUUAUAAAGGCUCUAAUCCCAUUCAUCAGGGUUCUACUCACAUAACCUAAUCACUUCAGCCAUCUCUUAAUACUGUCACAUUGGGGGCUGAGAUUUCAACAUAUGAAUUUGGUGGGGGAGACAUAAACUCCAUAAAUCUCUGAUAAUAAUAGUAUAGUUGAGGAUGUGAAGCCAUAGGAAAUCUUAAAUAUUGAUGGUGAGGAAACUGAUUUUGCAUUAAAAUUGAAGAUGCAAAUAUCCUAUUACCAGCUAUUCUAUCCCUAGAGAUGUACUCUAGAGAAGUUUUGCACAGGUGAUUAAGAAGAUAGGUACACCAAUGAUCAUACCAGCACUGGAAGAAUCAGAAACAAUCAAAAUAUCUAUCAGCAAGAAAACAGAGUAUGUUAAACAAUGGAAUACUAUAAGUCAGUAAAAAUGAAUGAACUAGAGCUAUAUAUGUAACAUAAAUGACUGUUAGAAUGCAGACUGUUUCUACAGGCUCCUACAUAAUGAUUUCUCAUGACUGUGUUUUGUUCAGUAAAGGGACACAGCCAUUCCCACACUGCUGCACAUUCAGACUGGUUCUUCUGUGGCUUUCUGAGGCUAGUGGACCAGGAGGCUCCUUUAGGACUUUUCAAAAUCCCAAGCCUUCCCACUAGGGAUUCUUUAAUUGCCUUUACACCUUGCCCUUCCCACCCUCAUGGUACAGGUAUUGACAUAUUUCUAUUUGUGACCUCAUUCAAAGUUCCUCAUUCAGUUAAUUGUAUGUCUUUUCAUCAUAUCAGUUUCCAGCAGCUGAUAAAUUCUCUGGGUCCUUGUUAUGUAAACAAUCCCAAUCCUUUUUUUUGGAAUAAAGAGAAUGACUACACUUCCUGGGGAGACAAGAAUUUUGUCUACAAAUGGCACAGCACUACUGUGCAUAAUGGGUGCUUUCCUGCUUAUGGCAAUGUCAUGCUUUAAUAUGUUAGGUUUUAGUAUAAACAAUAAGGUGCAUACAUUUCAACUUAAGGCCUUGGAACUAGGGUCUCUCUCUCUUUUAUCUAGCUACCUAGAGAGGAGCUAGGUUCAGGAGGAAUGGCUUUAAGAAAGGUGCUGCAGGGAAGGGGUUGUAAGCACACAGGACCACGAUGCAGAUGGAUCUGGAUUUGAGUUCCAGCUCUGCUUUUACUGUAUGUAAGACUUAUAACAAGUUUUGUUACGUUUUUGUUUUCCUUGGCGAGCCUGUUUCUGCAUCUCUAACCUUCUUUAUAGGGUUGAUAAGAUAAAGUAUAUGAAACAUUUAACAUGACUUCCACCAACUACAUAGUCAGUAAACAUUAAUGUUAUUAAAAAGAUUGUUUCUUUAAAAUAACAAUUUCAAAGCUUUGAAUAUAAGAUGAUAGUGGCCUUUAUGUGGCAAUGAGGCACAAAACAAUGAAACAACUGGAGCGAUCAAAGUUUCCACUGAGCAGCUGUUUUUUAUUUUCUCCCAAAGUGAUUUUAGAAUAUGGAGGAAGCCAGGCCUCCAACUAUAGUCCCAGCCCACAGCUGUGGUUGAAUAAAUGAGCAGCUAAAGAGUAUCCCUGGGUAAGUAAUUUCCCUGCAUCUCACUUUCUCUUCUAUAGAAUACUGAUUCAUGGGAAGCUAACAAAUUUGGAAAACCCUCUAGAUAGGAAUUGUGUUAAUAGCCAUAGUUGCGGGGAACAAUCCAAGAUGGCUGAUUGCUAACAUCUUGGGAUUGCAGCUCCCAGUGAAAGCGCAGAAAACGAGAGGAGCCACACUUUCAGACAAAUUUUGGUCGCUCAUGGAGCAGAAGAUUCCCAAUGGAGGUGUCACACGGGUCGCCAGCGCAACUCUUGUGGCCGGUGCAGCGGUUUUGCCGGCACCUCGGUGUGGCAGCUCGUGGUACAGAGUAAACCGGACUGGUUCCCCUUCUGACCGAGGUUUGGAGCUCCAGGAAGGCAGAGUUGCCUAUUACAGACUCAAGAAGGAAGCCAGAGUGGAGAUUCCCGGGCAGAAAAGCACCAUCAGUCUUAACGCUGCUGUUUUGGCCGGCGCAGUGGGUUGCUCAGAUUUCGGCCCUGGGAAUUAACAACUUGGACGUCCACUCAGAGACCUAAUUUGAAAGUUGGUAAUUACAAAGACGACAGGCGGAUAAAUUUACAAUGAAGGGAGGAAACCAGCAUAAAAAAGGCUAAGAAUACUCAAAAUCAGAAUGCCUCUCCCUCUAAAGAGGAUCACAGUUUCUCACCAAGGGAACAAGACUUGAUGGAGAAUGAGCGCAUCCCAAUAACAGAAUCAGGCUUCAGAAGAUGGAUAAUAAGAAACUUCUGUGAGUUAAAAGAACAUGUUGUAGCCCAAUGUAAAGAAACUAAGAACUUUGAAAAAAGGUUUGAUGAAAUCCUAAUGAGAAUAGACAACUUAGAGAGGAAUAUAAGUGAAUUAAUGGAACUGAAGAAUACAAUACGGGAACUCUGAGAAGUAUGCACAGGUUUAAAUACUUGAAUUGCUCAAGCAGAAGAAAGGAUAUCAGAGGUCAAAGUCCAACUUAAUGAAAUAAAACGAGAAGACAAGAUUAGAGAAAAAAGGAUAAAAAGGAAUGAGCAAAGUCUACAAGAAAUGUGGGACUAUGUGAAAAGACCAAAUUUACAUUUGAUAGGUGUACCUGUAUGUGACAGAGAGAAUGAAUCCAAGUUGGAAAAUACUCUUCAGGAAAUUAUUCAGGAAUUUUUUCCUAAACUAGCAAAGCAGGACAAUAUUCAACCCCAGGUAAUACAGAGAACACCACAAAGAUAUUCCUCAAGAAGAGCAACCCAAGGCACAUAAUCGUUAGAUUCACCAGGGUUGAAAUCAAGGAGAAAAUACUAAGGGCAGCCAGAGAGAAAGGUCAAGUUAAUUACAAAGGGAAGCCUAUCAGACUUACAGCAGAUCUCUCAGCAGAAACUCUACAAGCCAGAAGAGAGUGGGGGCCAAUAUUCAACAUCCUUAAAGAACAGAACUUUCAGCCCAGAAUUUCAUAUCCAGCCAAACUAAGAUUCACAACUGAAGGAAAAAUAAAAUCUUUUAUGAACAAGCAAGAACUCAGAGAUUUCAUUACCACCAGGCCUGCUUUACAAGAGCUUCUGAAAGAAGCAUUACACACAGAAACAACCAGUAUUAGCCUUUCUAAAAAUAUACCAAAAAGUAAAGAGCACCAACAUAAAGAAGAAUUUACAUCAACGAAUGGAUAAAACAGCCAGUUAACAUCAAAUGGCAGUAACCCUAAAUUUAAAUCAACUAAAUCCCCCAAUCAAAAGAUACAGCCAAAACCCAACGGUAUGCUGCAUCCAGACCCAUUUCACAUGCAAGGAUACACAAAGACUCAAAACCAAGAGAUGGAGAAAGAUUUACCAACCAAAUGGAGAGCAAAAAUAAAUAAAUAAAAAGUAGGAGUUGCAAUUCUCAUAUCUGAUAAAAUAGAUUUUAAAGCAACAAAGCUAUAGUGGUAAAAGGAUCAAUGCAGCAACAAGAGCUAACGAUCCUAACACCCAGAUACAUAGAGACUUAGACUCAAUGAGACAGAAAAUUAAUAAGGAUAUCUAGGACUCGAACUCAGAUCCGGAACAAGUAAACUUAAUAAAUAUUUAUAGAGCUCUCCACUUUAAAUACACAUUUAAAAGAAUGUAAAAUAUACAUUCUUGUCAAUACCAUAUCACACCUACUCAUAGGUCUAAAUGAAAUAUUGAGUGGCCAUUAUUAGAACCCAUUUUUUUUUAGAAUAAAGCAACAUUUCCGUUCUCCUACUUUUUCUUCCUCUUUCUUACUUUCCUUCACUCCUUUUUUUCUUUCCUUCUCUCAAAAAAAAAAAAAAAAUAGCCAUAGUUGUGUUGCUCUGUAAACACGGAAAUGCUGAGAGUGCAAUCACUCAAAUCCCAUGUCCUGCUUUCAGUGGCUUUCACCCACCAAUAUGAUGUCUGAGUGUUAACUGUCACAAAGGCCAUUUUCACUGAGGUUUAAUUUGAAAUGAGCAUCUACUGCAGGAAAUAAUGCAGAUGUGCUCUGCUGUAGAGAAGACACUUUGCCCAUAAAUCUGUACAGUGGUCUGAUGAAUCAUAGGGAAAUGAUCCUGUCAGAGACCCCUCGGGAUGUUUCUGCCUGAAAAUUCGGCUUUAGCAGGAGUGGCUACUGCUCCCUGGCCCUAGUGGCUGCAUAUUGACCGAUACUUGCCCCAUCAAAAAAGCAUGCAGGGCCAGGCGCAGUGGCUUACACCUGUAAUCCCAGCACUUUCAGAGGCUGAGGUGGGUGGAUCAAUCAUGAGGUUAGGAGAUCGAGACCAUUCUGGCUAACAUGGUAAUAAUUUCUUUUAUUUUUGUACCAAAAAUACAAAAAAAUUAGCCAGGCAUGGUGGUGCACACCUGUAGUCUCAGCUACUUGGGAGGCUGAGGCAGAAGAAUCACUUAAACCUGGGAGGCGGAAGUUGCAGUGAGCCGAGACUGUGCCACUGCACCCCAGCCUGGGUGACAGAGCCAAAAAUAAAAAAUAAAAAAGUAAAAAAAGCAUGCAAGUGUCCCUCAAUGUCUGAGGGGGAUUGGUUCCAAGGUCCCUCAAGAUACCAAAAUCCUCGGAUGUUCAAGUUCUUUAUAUAAAAUGGCAUAGUAUUUGUACAUAACCUGUGCACAUCCUCCCAUACCCUUUAAGUCAUCUCUAGAUUACUUUUAAUACCUACAACAAUGUAAAAUGCUAUGUGAAUAGUUAUUUUAUUACUUUAUUUCUUUUGUAUUAUUAUUUUUUCCAAAUAUUUCCCAUCGUGUUGGUUGAACUGGGGGAUGCAGAACCUGUAAGUCAAUUAAGAAGUAAAGUAUUACUAGUCCAGAGAAACACUUACUCUUCUUACCUUUAAGGAUUUAAAAAUAAUGCGGCUUAUUCCAAAGCAAGUAUAGUGCAAAAUACUUAACGGUAGACUGAGAUGCUGUAAGAAUUAAAAUUCUGGGUGUAAAGGGUGAUAGAAAUCACACAGUGUCUGACACACAGUAAAUUCAGUGAAUUAUAAUGAACUGGAGGAAGGAUGGAAGAAAACAGAAGGAAGGAAGAAUUAGAUGAAAUUAGCCAAAAAGCUAGGACUUGGCCUGUAAUCCCAGCACUUUGGGAGGCUGAUGCAGGUGGAUCACGAAGUCAGGAGUUCAAGACCAGCCUGGCCAAGAUGGUGAAACCCCAUCUCUAUUAAAAAAAAAAAAAAAUUAGUUGGGCCUGGUGGCGGGCGCCUGUAAUCCCAGUUACUUGGGAGGCUGAGGCAGAGAACUGCUUGAACCCAGGAGGUAAAGGUUGCAGUGAGCCAAGAUCACACCACUGCACUCCAGCCUGGGCAACAAAGUAAAACUCUGUCUCAACAACAACAACAACAAAAAACUAGGAGUUAGGCUCUGCAGGCUAUGAUCAUAGCUUGAAUGACUCUAGACAAGUCCCUCAGUUUCUUAUCUGGGAAACAGAAACAAUGUUUUCCUUAUUGGUUUUCUGUGAGAAAGAAAUCGAAUUACGUAGAGAGAUAUGUGGUUGAAAGCACCUGACAGUCAUGAGACCUGCAGAUCAAUAUCAGUUUAAUACAAAUCAUCAAAUAUUUACUAAGCCCUUAACUAUCUGCCUGGCAUUGUAUCUUGGGUGCUAGAAUUACACAGGAGAUGAAUAAGACAGGCAGGCUUAUACCCUGGAUAAGGCAACUAAGAUGGAGGCAGUCUCUGUUCUGGAUCUUAGGACUUUUAUUUUUCCUAUAUUCAUAAUAGACUCCUGAAAUCCCCCUCUGGUUGAGCUGCCCCGGUCCUUGCCCACUGAAAACCCACAAGUCUAUUAGGGGAGAUAAAACUGUAAACCAAAAAUUCCAAAGAAGAAUGUGAACUGCAACAAUGGUGGCCCUAAGAAAAUGUGGGAAGGAAAUGAGCAGGGGCUGAGGAACUGGAGCAGGGGAGUUGGGUGAAGGCACCUGAGAGGGAUGAUGUGUGUGGGCUGAAUUACAGAAAAUAAGCAGGAGUUCUUAUGUAAAGAAAAAGAGAAAAGGCAUUUCAGAUCACAGGAAGCAUGACAUGCGAAGCCACAGGAACAGGAAAUUGACAGCUCCAGCUUCUGCCAUUAACUGGCUGUUUUUCACCUUUCUGGAAUUUCCUCAGCUCCCUCUGGGGUUUCAGUCUUCUCAUCUCAGAAAAUGAAGGUCAGGGGUGGAAAGAAGGAAUCUAGAUUUCUGGAAGAUGGAUACCUCCAUCUCUAACUGGAUACGUCCAUGCGAGAGCAAAAAGAAAAGGGGUAGCUUUAAAAACGUCAAGUGUUAUUUUAGGGCACGAGCCAGAAGCCCCAUGUUUUUUGACUAUCAAGAUGACAGGCAGAGCCAGCAGCCAUUCAGAAGUUUUCUCCACUCGAUCUUAAGCCAAAAGGCCGAGAAGCGAUCAGAAGUUUUCUCAAAGAUUCAUUUACCCACUUCACCAAUCCUUAGAGGGCAUGGACUGAGCCAGGGCCUAUGCUACCAAAAAGGCCAUAGUCCAGCAGAGGGAGGGAGACGGUAACUAAGUACACUUGGAAGCUAUAUUGGUCUGCGCACGGCGAGUGCGUGGGGACAGGAAAACAGAAGCUCCCAGGACGUGCAGGUCACAUCCAGGUCACAUGCAGAGUGAGUGACGGUUUAUCUCCUAGCCAAAUUAACUUCCUGUUUCCUCAUCCUGCUUCACCUCCAAAAAGCCGUAAACAUUUUCAGCAGUCAUUUGUUCCUUGGCAGGACGACAGGGCACCCUCUCUCUUCACCUGCAGCCUUUCCCAGGCCUUGUCUGGGGCUUCACGCGCUCACUGCAAAUUCAGAGCUGACCAAGAGGUGCCUGCUCCCGCGACAGCUUCGCGCAGACCUGAGCGCCCAGUGCAGAGUCCCAGAUGUCGUGGGAGAGGGUGCCGGGAAGGCGGGCGGUGCAGCGCCUCCGGGGUUGGGCCGCGGCGGCUGGGCGGGACUCAGCCUACGGCAUAAGAGGGGAGCGCCACUCUCCCGGCCGCAGUACUGAAGCCGGUGCCCCAGCAGCGGGCUAGGAGCCAUUGGCACUGAGCUCGCAACCAGACCCGGGGACGCUGAAGAAGAGGGAAAGGCGCACUUCUUCCCGCCACUCCCAGUCCCGCCUCCAAAGAUGCGGCUCCUCGAGAAACUCUGCUCUUCGGCUGCAGGCAGCUCGGCGCCGGAGCCCGCCUUUGCCAUAGUGCUCACGCCGAAUCGCAUCCCCGAAUUCUGCAUUCCGCCGCGGCUGCCGGCGCCUUGCGCGCUCGACUCUCCGUCCCGGGCCGCCGUCCUGCCCAGGCGCUGCGCCGCCGAACCCGACCUGUGGCCUCGCGCGGCAGACGAGGGCGCCGGCCACACGGACUGGGACCCGCGCUCGCAGGCCGCGCUGUCGCUGCCGCAUCUGCCGCGUGUGCGCACCGCCUACGGCUUCUGCGCGCUGCUGGAGAGCCCGCACACGCGCCGCAAGGAGUCGCUCCUGCUCGGGGGCCCGCCCGCGCCCCGACUCCGGGCCCAAACCUACGGCGGCAGCGGCCCGGACGCCGCCCUGGGGACCCUACGCGGCCCGCAAGCUCCGCUCCCGACCACCCCGGCGGCCCCCGGUGGUCCCCGCCCGCCCCAGGACGCGCUCGCCCCGCGGCCCGGCGGCUGCCGCCUCCUGCGCGCCCCCAAUGGACUGCUGAGCCGCGCGCUGCGGGCGGGGAGGAGUCGCCGCCGGGCCCGCGCCCGCUCCGUCUCCAGUGGGAACGAGGACGAAGAGCGCCGCGCAAGCUCCCAGUCUCCGGCCCGGGACCCCUCCGCGGGCCCGCCGACUUCCCGGGACCCGCUUCCCGAGCGCCUGGUGGCCGAGGGCACCGUGGCUCUGGGCCGCGCCGGCGACGCCCUGCGCCUGGCCGCCGAGUACUGUCCGGGAACCGGGCGCCUCCGCCUCCGGCUGCUCCGCGCCGAGGGCCUGGCCGGAGGCGCCUCCGUGCCCCGCGCCGUCCGCUGCCGCCUCAGCCUCGUACUGCGGCCGCCGGGUACCGCGCGCAGGCAAUGCAGCGCCGUCGUGGGGCGCAGCCGCAAGGCCGCCUUGGACCAGGACUUCUGCUUCGACGGCCUCUCGGAGGACGAGGUGCGCCGCCUGACGGUUCAUGUCAAGGCUCGGGACGAGGGCCGCGGCCGAGAGCGGGGCCGCCUGCUGGGCCAGGGCGAACUGCCUCUGGGCGCCCUCCUGCUGCUCUGAGGGCCCGGCCCUUCCCCAGGCUCUCCCGACACUGGACAGCCGUCUUGUACAAAAUAAACGUUAUUUAUUUUUCUAUUUAUGAUAUUGCUUUAUUGUCGUUUUAGUUUCUCACUUUACAGAUUUGUCAUCCUUUAUUGGUAGAGAAGAAAAAGAAGACUCCUGCUCUCUUCACAGGACUCCCAUUCCUCUUUUCAGACCAUUUUUGCAUUCCAAGGAAAAAGGGGUUGGUGUGGGACUGGGAGAGAAAAGAAGUACACCCAUCUACAUUGUUUUUCAUUCCUCUGGCUUUCUAUUAAUGUUAAACAGGUUUUCCCCCCAAAUAAAACAAAUUAUUCAUUCAGA